CCCCGCUCUCCGGAAGUGGUCCCAGAGCCGGCGAGAGGACGCGGGCUGACAGCCGGGUGGGCGGCAGGAGCGGCGGCGCUGCUGAGUGGGUUCCCUCGGCCAUGGAGGACGAGCUGAGCUUCUCGGACAUUUACGGCGGCCGCCUGGCCCUGCAGCGCCGCUACUACUCCCCAUCCUGUCGGGAGUUCUGCCUCAGCUGCCCUCGGCUCUCCUUGCGCUCGCUCACCUCUGUCACCUGCACCGUGUGGCUUGCGGCCUACGGACUCUUCACCCUUUGCGAGAACAGCAUGAUCCUCUCUGCUGCCAUCUUCAUCACCCUCUUAGGCCUGCUUGGUUACCUGCAUUUUGUGAAGAUUGAUCAGGAGACUCUGUUAAUCAUUGAUUCCCUUGGCAUCCAGCUGACUUCAUCCUAUGCCUCUGGCAAAGAAAGCACCACCUUCAUUGAGAUGGGCAAGGUGAAGGAUGUUAUCAUUAAUGAGGCGAUUUAUAUGCAGAAGGUGAUUUACUACCUCUGCAUUUUAUUGAACGAUCCGGCAGACCCACAUGGGAUAUCACAAGUAGUACCUGUCUUCCAGAGUGCGAAGCCCCGGCUGGACUGCUUGAUUGAAGUGUACAGGAGCUGCCAGGAGAUCCUGGCACACCAGAAAGCUGCACCCACAAGCCCAUGAGUCCCAGCAUUCAGAAGGCCAGGACUGUCUUCCACGGGAAAUGACUGCUCAGCCCUAGGGACCGGUGCAUUUUCUGUAUCCUAACCGUCAUGUGGACACAAUCCUAGGAACCAGGACGCACACGGUGGAUCUCAGAGCGGGUGACUGGAAACCCAGCUCACCGUGCGGUGUUGAGCAGAACAUUUGUGUAUUCAGUGUUCCCCUUGUAAGGUAUUGCCUGCUUCCCCAACUGAGGGGAGACCCUAAAAAAUGGUAUGUCAAAGAUAAUGUCGACAAAAAGCACUUUGUGAAAUUCCUAAGCACAUUCAAGUUUACUUUUUGUUGAAACUUGUGGAGCAAGACAAUGGGAAAAUGGUAUCAGAUCUACUGAGGAAGACCAUUUCCAACGGUAUAGUCAAGUCAAGUCCUUCAGGUACUGGGUGAGCAGGAAGAAAUGUCCUACCAAAGACAAGUCUCAGUCCACCUAGCUCCUGUGUCUGUGCAGGGCCAGUUUAUGGUGACUCUCUUAAUAAACAGAUCUCCUUCGCAAACACACACAAUCGCCUGGUUCACAGAUGGCUGCGUUUUAUUGAUAAACACGGACGUGGCAUUCCAGUCAUGGCGUCAAGCACACUGAAGCUCUUCGUUACUCAGCAUUGUGUAUGGUUUCAAAAGCUCCUUUUGCCAAGAGAGAUGAGACAAAAAGGCCAGACAGAAAUUCGACUUUGGUUUCCAGGCAUGUUAAAGAAGGACAAACAUGCAAACUACAGAAGCCUUUGCUUAUAAGGCAGUUUCUUCUGAGGGAGAAUUCAUAAACUAAGGGAGAGUUCCUGGAGGGUUGGGCAGGAGAUAAGAGUGGGGGAAGUAGCUUGACCUCCAAAUUCAGUAUGAACACAGCUCCAUUCUUGCUUAUUUUUUCUUCAGGAUCCCAAUAUUUUAAAAACUCUCAGGCAGACAAUAUCCUCAUGGGCCUUAGAGACAUUCAGGGUACUACAAAACCAGAGUCGUCAUUUCUGCCUUGCACACGGUGCUGGAGGGGUUCUUCAGAUGCCUGUGGUACAUGAGACCUGUGGGCCUGUUUGAGGUAGAAGUGCUCCCACUAGAUCCCAAACGCUGGGGGAAAGGCAGGCACAGAAAUGGGAGACAGCUAUAAAACUGCCAGCCUUGCAAAGUCAAGUCCAUGUAAAAGGCAGACACUCUGACAUGCUGCUUUGUUAUUGUGCCUGUCAGUGUAAAGGAUGAGGGGAAGCGUACUGCAGCUGAUGUGCUCACAUAGACUAGUUCCAGAACUGGUGUGUAGUUCUGCGUCGUACAACAUACACACACACACACGUUACUUUGUUGAGAUUAAAGGCUUGAUUCUUGGAUACAACUGCUAAAACUACAGGGUUUCCAGCACUUUAUUGACAAACAGACCGCCUGAGAGCUGUGAAAUAAAACUCAGUUUCUCCAGUGUUGGCAAGUCAAGAGUACCAGUGGACUCUUUUGUCCUUUUUCCCGUCAGGGGCGGGUGGAAACAAAGAUCAUCUCCUCUGUACGCAACAGAAGGUCUCGGUUGGAGGUGUGGGGAUACUGGUAUUGUUAGGAAGGCAAAAGGUGAAGGAAACCUUCAGUUUCGUUCACCUGAUGCUGUUAGGCUAGGACAGAUGUCAGGUGUCCUCUGCCCUCAAACCAAUUCCCGGCGGAAGUUCGCCGGAAGUCAUGAGCGAAUCCAGGCCUGUGAGCCUGGAAAGGUCUUCUGUUUCUGACUUGUCUUUGGUGGCUCACGGAGCAGCAAACAGCAGAGUGCAUUUGCUCGGUCUUUCGAGGAGCAGGGAAACAAGUGGUGACCACCUCGUCCUACAGUAGUGAAGUGAGCACAGCCUUCACUGAGCCCUGUCCAGUAGUUAAAGUGAGACACGGAGAGGUCAGGUGAGACCUGCCCCCUGUCUGUGCUUGUGCCCAGGUGGGCUGACAGUCCAGUGUGAGAGAGAGCAGCUUCAGUCCCAGCAGGGAGAGAGAGAGCUCCUCAUGCUGCAGAGGCAGGAGCUGUGGCCCAGAAGGAGCACCGCAAAACGCCUGCUCAUUUGCAGUGUGGGGAGGGGAAAGAUGACUCUCUUCCUUUCCUUUCCAAAUGGGAAAGGAAGUCCAGUUUUAGUGACUUCUAGGCUUUGGUCAGAGUUCAGGUGAAUUGGGGAUUUGAGUCCUAUUCAGGGAUGUUGGGAAAACUUCAAGUAUAAAUCCCACAUAAGGACCGUGUACAAUAUAAAGAAUACCAGCCUCCCAGGGGUGUCAGUGGGGAAAGCUGGACUGACAGCACUGAUGCCCUUGGCAACCAGUAACACCCCUGCCUGUGUCUAGAAGCAGACAGCAUCUAGAGCUCAGUAUUCUCAUGGGGGGGGGGAAGUGGUUUUUAUACUGGGUCUGGAUUUUUAAAAGUUGGGCCCUGACACAUUAUAAGGCACCUAGAGAGAAAGGCUUCAUGGACACUGAAAUACACAUUUCACAGAACAAACCAGGGUGGGGGCAAGGGGAGGGCCGUUAGCCCUGUCACAGUAGUAUCAUGCCCCAGGACACAUAUCUCCAACCCCAGAGGUACCAGGUGGCGGUAGGG